CGGCUCCCACCCGCAGGCAUGGAGCAGCCCCCGGCCAGCGGCAGCGACAGCGACAGCGACAGCGGCAGUCGCAGCGCCCCGGAGACCCUGAGCGAGGUGGUGCGGGUGCACCUGCGGAAGCUGUGUCUGCACGAGUUUCCCUGCGGCAUAGGCAGCUGGAACAGGUCGCGUUUUCUUCCUCAAACAUGGCGAACCUGGAGGGAGCUGACUCCCAGGGAGGAGGAGACGGUGAGCCCAGGGGAGGAGACUGUGGAGGCCCUGCUGGGACUGGUGCGUAGUCCCCACUCACCCUGGGCUCUGGUGGAGGACUCCAGUGCUGAGGACCAUUUUCUGAGAGAACUGGCCAUCCAGAAUCCACUGAUGCUCAAAGACACCUUCUUGUACUCCUAUUUCCGGUCGCUGAGGAUGGUGGACAAGCAGGUGAGCCUGGUGGAUAAGGACCUCCUAAAAUUUGUAAACCUUGAGGAGCUGAUCCUAAGUGCCAAUAAAAUCAAGCAAGUCAAUGCUGCCAAUCUGCCCCCAACACUCAAGGUGCUGGAGCUGUAUGGCAACGAGAUCCGCAGCAUGGAGUGUCUGUGUGCUCACCCACCCCCUGGGCUCCAGCAUCUGGGGCUGGGCCACAACAAACUGCUGGGCCCCUUGGAGAGUCUCUAUGUCACCAACAACUACUGGCCCAACCUUGUCUCCCUGGAUCUGGGCUUCAAUGACCUGACAGACCUGCAGGGCAUGAUGGUCAGCCUCAGCACGCUCAGGCACCUGUGGCUGCUGGUGCUGCAGGGGAACCCGCUGGCCCUGGUGCCCUACUACCGAGGCUUCACCAUCGACAGCCUGACCCGGCUGUGCGUGCUGGAUGACAUCACUGUGUCUCCCAACGAGAAGCAUCAGUUCCAGGGAUUCAGCCUCAGUGGUGACUUCCUGGCACAAGAAGCACAGUUUGUGGUGUCCAUUGGAAACGUCAAGGGCGUUGUGGACACCUCUAUCUGGGACCCAGAGCCAGGCCCCGAAGGCCCUUUCAUCACCUACAACUAUUACGUGACCUACGACUUUGUGGAAGAGGAGCAAGGCGAGGGGAGCCAGUAUGGUGGCGUGCUGGCCAAGAUUGUCAGGCCCUCCAGCGCAGAACUUGUAGGCGAUGAGCUGCAGGGGGUGUCAGAGGUGCAGCUGUUGGAGGAGGCCAAUGAGUCCCAGGAGUCGGGGGCGACGGAGAUGGGAGAGUCAGAGUUGUCCUUCAUCUCAGGCCGCUCAGCCCUGCCAGUGCCCCUCUCCUCCAUCAACUCUGCAGAGGAGCUGGCAAAGCUGCGGCCACGGAUGGAUCCCCGGCUCUUCCCAUCCCCUGGGACCGUCCUCUUCAGCACCAACCACAAGCCCUGGGCUGAUGUCAUUUCCUACAACUAUGAGAUGCAGCACACCUUCAAGGACCUGGUGCCACUCAAGGCCUUCCUACUGUCGGGGACCACUGUGACUAUUGUGGAGGAGAAGAUCGUCUCCUGGGCUGUGGUGCCACUUCCUGUUGAAAUUCCCUUGCCUGCCAAGAAAGGAAAAGGGGAGAAAGACAAGAAGGAAACUGUUGGGAAAAAUAAGAAAGGGAAAGCGGAGAAGGAACCCCGCAAGGAACAGAAGGCACCCAAGAAAAAGAAAGAAAUUCCCAAGGAGCUCCGCCAGGAACCAUCUGUGCUGCGGGUGCUGGGUAGCGACUUGGUGGCCCUGGAGCCAUUGCUGGCAGGGGAGUCCCAGGUGUCCACUGUGUGCAAUUAUGGGGUCAUCCGCACCCUGGAGUCUGACAAGAUGAUAUUAACUAGGGAUUUAAAGAAGACCAAGAAAGGGGCCAAAAAGGAAAAGUCAAAACCGCAGAUGCCGAGCUUCGACAGCGACUACCAGCCGGAGCCGCUGACGGUGGAGGUCCAGAUCCAGCUGAAUCAGUACCGCACCGCGGAGGAGGCGCUCCGCUUCUAGGCGCCCGAGUAAAGGCUGUUCUGCGCA